CACGGUAGCAGGGAGGGACCUUCGGUUGCUUUGGGCUCUCCGUCCGCUGAGGGUGCUGACUGAAGACCGUUCCGUGGGCGACGCCGUCGCUAUGACCAUUUGUCAGUUCUUCCUUCAAGGCCGGUGCCGCUUUGGAGACCGGUGCUGGAACGAACAUCCCGGCGCCGGGGGUGCGGGCGGAGGACGGCAGCAGCAGCCCUCAGGUAGUAACAGACGUGGAUGGAAUACCACCAGCCAAAGAUACUCCAGCGUUAUCCAGCCAUCCAGCUUCUCCAAAUCAACACCAUGGGGGGGCAGCAGAGAUCAAGAAAAGCCAUCUUUCAGUUCCUUCAAUUCUGGAGCUUCACCUAGCAGGAACAGAGGGUUUGGAGUGUCCCAGAACCCAUUUGCUUCACCCAGCCCUGAUGGGCAGAAAGAUGAAAAGAAACUUCUGGAAGGAAUUAUAAAAGAUAUGGAAAUUUGGGAAUCAUCAGGGCAGUGGAUGUUUUCUGUUUAUUCACCAAUGAAAAAGAAACCUAAUAUUUCAGGUUUUACAGACAUUUCACCAGAGGAGUUGAGGCUUGAAUACUGUAACUUCUUAACCAGCAAUAACUUACAGAGUUAUCUAAAUUCCCUCCAACAGUUAAUAAAUCAAUGGAGAAAUAGAAUAAAUGAACUGAAGAGCCUAAAUACAUCAACUAACAUAGCCUUGCUCUCAGAUGUAAAGGAUGGAAUAAAUCAACCAGCAUCUGCAUUUGGAUUUGGCAGUACAAAUGCAGUAACAUUUGGAUCACCAGGUUUUCCAGUGAAUAACAGCAGCAGUGCUAAUGCUCAGAAUUUUAGUUUUAAACCAAGCUCUGCCCCUUCUGGAAGUCCUCCUAUGUUUGGGAAUACUCCAGCAUUUGGAGCUGCAUCCUCUGCCAGUUCUGCCGUCACUACUUCUGUUCCAGCAUUUGGAUUUGGGAAACCUGCAGUCACAUCUGCUGCUUCAUUUUCUUUUAAAAGUCCUGCAGCCACUGGUUUUGGAUCACCUGGAUUUUCAGGAUUUCCAGCUUCCAUGGCAGCAGGCUCUUUUGGAGCUCCAGGGGCCCCAGCCUUUGGAAGUGGUACUUCUGUGGCUGGUUUUGGUAGUCUAGGUUCACAUUCCCACACUGCUUUUUCCAAGUCAUCUAGCAACACCUUUGGAAACAAUAGCAUAACUACCUCUCUCCCAGUCUCAAAUGGCAGCACCACAACAGAUAACAAAUUAUUCACACCCAAGGAUCAACUCACAGCAGAAGAACUGGAGCAUUUUCAAUCUAAGAAAUUUACUCUAGGAAAAAUUCCUUUAAAGCCACCACCUACGGAACUUCUAAAUAUUUGAAAGGACAAUUUUAAAUACAGAAAAGAACAGCUCUUAAAAUUGUUCUGAGUGGUUUGUAUAAAAUUGCUUUGAGUGAUUUAAAUAUAUACAUAUAUAUGUAUAUAUGUACAUAUAUACUUAAAAGGAAUAUAAGCUUUCAUUAAUAACUUUAGGGGUCUUGAAAUUCAAUAUUUUUUCUAAGUAAAGCAUAAAAAGUA